UAUUACCUGUAUUGCCAAGAUUUGAUAACAAGUAACCAUGUCAGCCACAAUGAAAUUAAAGACGUUGGAGGGACAUUUGUUGUCAUUAUCAGGAUUUUCUAAGCCCAAAAUUGAAUUUGAACAAUAUGAAACUCCGGCACACAUAGCAGCAGUAGCCUUGUAUACAAUUCAGACUCAAUUUGAAGGCAUAGAAAAUAAACUUAUUUUGGAUGCUGGCUGUGGACCAGGGAUGUUGUCUAUAGGGGCCUCACUGCUUGGUGCAGGAGUUGUUAUAUCUGUUGACAUUGAUGAUGACGCUUUAGAUGUCCUCUGUGAAAAUGUUGAAGAUAUGGAAAUUGACAAUGUUGAUGUGGUUCAAAGUGAUUUUCUAAACUCUGAUAUGAAUAGGUGGGAAAACUACUUUGACACUGUCUUAAUGAAUCCACCCUUUGGUACAAAGAACAAUGCAGGCAUAGACAUGAAGUUUCUAAAAAUGGGGUUGGAUCUUAGUAGUGAUAGUGUAUAUUCCAUGCAUAAAUCAACAACUAGGUCAUACAUUCAAAAGAAAAUUAAAGAAUGGGGUGUUAAAGGCAGUGUAGUUGCAGAACUUAGAUACAAUCUGCCAUCCAUGUAUAAAUUCCAUAAACAUCAAUCAAAGGAUAUUGCGGUAGAUCUGUGGAGAUUACAUCACUCUUAAUUCAGAAAUUCAGCUAAAGGAAAGGAGGAUGAUUAAUGAAAUAAAACCACUUUUGUAUUGUACAUUAAAAUGUAUUUGAAAAAU